GUUCCCACCAAAAAAACAAAAAAGAAGAAGAAGAAGAAAGAACCUGAAGAUCCUAAUGCUCCUCCAAAACCAAAAAGAAAAACUGGUCUUAACAAACCUUUGAUUUUGAGUCCAGCUUUAUCUGCUUUAAUGGAUGGUGAUAUGGAAUUAUCAAGACCAGAAAUUGUAAAACGGUUAUGGGUAUAUAUCAAGGAAAAUGAUCUUCAAGAUCCCAAGGAUCGACGAUAUAUUUUAUGCGACGAAAAACUCAAGACUAUCUUCCAUGUAGAUCGUGUAAACAGUUUUGGCAUGAAUAGGGAUUUAUCUCAACAUCUUACCAAAAAG